GCAGCCCACAGCAGCAUGCAACGUGCAGUCCGCAAAGUCCUUCCUCUGCGUGUGCGUGUUUUUGACGAUUUUCAGUCGAGUGUGUCUUGCUUGGUGUUGAUGACGAUGAGUGGUGACAACAACGACAUUGACGGUGCAAACAGCGGCAGCGGCAGCACGGGCGCUGCUGGCAGCGACACAGGAGGGACGGCCACGUUGGAGGACUUUGGGGACUGGGGACUGGAGGAUGACGGACCAAAGAGACCCGCCUGCUUUGAGUUCUUUGGACGGUGGAAACGAUGCACAACCGCUGUGAACCAGCUCAAGUCAUACUACAUCUAUGGGGAGAUUGACUCAUGUCAAGAAGAAUGGCAGGAUCUGAAGGAGUGCCUCAAGUGCAAAGUACAGAAGCCCGCCGUCGCUGCAGAGCGAUGGGAGGCAUACACGGGGAGUAAGAAGGCCAAGGAGGAGGCUGUGAGCCCUGUGGGCACCAUCUGGCCCACGCGGACAGAGGAGGAGCGACCAGACUACGGUGGGACACACGACACGUUGGAACCACCACGUGACACCUCAGCAAAGCUUCCAGACAACACCAACUGAGAGCCAGCAAACCAAAGCAGCAAACAAGACGCCAAGCAGGCAUGAUGUGGACGUCACAUCACCUCAAAGUUGUGCACAAGACGAAGAGGGUAUUCAAUGGCAGACGUGUGGACAUGAAUGUGUUUCUGCGUCUGUCUGUCUGUGUGCGUCUGUCUUUCUGUGUGUGUGUGUGUGUGUGUGUGUGUGUGUGUGUGUGCGCGCGCGUGUGUGUGUGUGUGGCUGUAUGUCUGUUGCAUAUGUGUGUGUGUUUAAUGACAGGAGACAAGGUUGGGAGGAGUGCCACUUUGACAGCAGACACGAUAGCAGAAGCGCGCUUCACGUGGCAUGCCACGAGAGGUCCAUGUUACCAGUCACAAUACACAAACAAAUGCACAA